GCAUUCAGACCCGUGAUUUCCCUAGUGUCCCUAGCGCGGGGCGUGGCCACAAACUUAAUCGAAACAACGUCGCGACGCCAGUCGCGCCCGAUUCGCGGCCCGGCAACGCCUUUUAUUUUACACUUGCUUCGCACUGCUUUGUGCACCUUCGUUUUAUUCCGGGACCUGUCAUCUAGAACGAGCAGCACCAGCUCAUUCACAAGAUAGUCACCAUGGCCACAUCAACACCAGCCAUGUCAACGGACCUGACAUCUGCAAUUAGCACAUUUACCAUAGACCUGUACAGGCAGCUCCUUUCUGACAGCUGUGGUGAGACAGCGAACAUCGUCGUCUCUCCAUUCAGCAUCGCAGCUGCUCUGUCAAUGACCCUCGCUGGUGCCAAAGGGAAUACUGCUACCGAAAUCACCAAAGUCUUGCACACAAGUGGUGACCUGAUCCACGGACAGUUCUCCGAAUUCUUUGCCAGAGUAUCGACCUACGCACCAGACGUGAUGUUGGACGUUGCGAAUCGCUUGUACUCGGAAAAGACGUUUGUAGUCCUAGAAGACUACCUCGCCACAUUGAAAAAAUUUUACGAUAGCACCGUGGUACCAGUCAACUUCAAGACCGAAGCUGAAGCAGCCAGAGUUGCCAUCAAUGCAUGGGUUGAAGAAGCCACAAAAUCAAAGAUCAAAGACCUUCUUCCAAAUGGUGUUGUGGACUCCGACACUGCGCUCGUGUUGGUCAAUGCCAUUUACUUCAAGGGUCUGUGGAAAGAUCAAUUCAACCCCAAGGUGACUUGCCUGCAGGAGUUUCACACAUCCAAAGAAUCAUCUAAAGAGGUUGAUAUGAUGUACAAGCAGUCGCGCUUUGGGAUCAACACCACUUGCACCGACUUGAAUGCUAACGCCAUCGAAAUCCCAUACAGAGGUGGCAAGACGUCCAUGGUGAUUGUGCUGCCCCACGAAGUUGAUGGCCUGGCCAAGCUGGAGGUAGCACUCACGCCCUCAAAGCUGUCAGACAUCCUGAAUGGUUUUCAUUACAAAACGGUCGCUCUCAGUCUCCCACGAUUCAGAAUCGAGUACAGUGUAAACCUUAAGCAAACACUUCGCUCGAUGGGAGUGAAAGACUUGUUCUCUAACAAUGCCAACCUGUCGGGGAUAAACGGGAAAAGAGACCUCACAGUUUCAGCUGCAGUUCACAAAGCCUUCGUAGAGGUGAACGAGGAAGGCACAGAGGCAGCGGCUGCUACGGCAAUGGUGAUUAUGAAGAAGUGUGCUGUGAUGGCCAUUCCAUUCUGUGUUGACCACCCGUUCAUGUUCUUCAUUCGAAGCCACGACCCAGACGUCAUUCUUUUUGCUGGGUCAGUACGUGAUGUGUAGCAGUUUAUGGCAGCUGGACAAUGUAAUUCACUCGUGAUUGCCAAUUGCUUAUCAUAGGAGUCACUGUAGAUUGUUUAACAGAUAGCAGUCAUGGGCAUUGUUGUAGUCGUGAAGGGUUCUACAGUGGCUCAACAGCUGUAGCAUUUUGCUGCUGAAAUGUAGGGCUGUGGGUUCGAUUACUGUUCACGAAGUUUACAUACUGGUGUAGGCUGAAUGCAAGUGAGCAUAUAAUACAGUUGGUGACAAUGCAAGGAUUACAAAUAGGCUCUUCUUAUAGUCGGAGACGAAUGAAGACUAUGUACGUACAACGUAAUGGAUACCACUGUUCAACUGAAACAGAAUUGUUCAAAAGACAUGCCCACCUAUUAUGAUUGUUCACUUCCACGGCUGCAUUUGCUUUGGUGUGGUUAAUGGUUAAUUCAAUAGUUAAUCAAGAUAAUCUUGGUGUCACUGGGUUUAAGGGAGAAACCCGAACAUCCUGGCAAAGUUUCUGAGAGAUUAUGAUCCCACCUUUCGGCCGAGAGUAUUUUAGUUAAAACCAUUGAACUUUUAUUUUGGAAAUAAGCCUAACGCUUGUUUAGCAGAGCAGAGAACACAAACUCUGAGUGACAGAACUCGAACGUUGCCUUUGCUCUUUUGCAGAGGGUAGGCACACAUACCGUGACAUUGUAUGCGGAGCUUGUGCCGAAUUCUGAGGUCAUCACAGUGCUGAAUUCCGAAGUAGACUUUAUGGGCAGGAAAUGUCGCAGUGUAAGGAAAACAUAUUUGUGAGGCUGGUGCAGGAAAACACUGCCACAAGAGAAGAGAUGAUGCUAAGCUUAUAGUUGCCACUUUGUAACACAUUAUUAUUCUGAGCAGGCAAAAACAAGUAUCAUAAUAUUUGUUAUGCAGCCAGAAGAGACAAUUGUUAAUUCUUAAUGUACUAAGCUAGAUAAUCAAAAAUCCUUGAACACGGGGUGUCGCUGGAGCCAACAUUUCAACAAGAGGUCUUGUCUUCUUCAAGGCAGCUAUUGUAGAUCAGCCAUGAUGAAUCUUAAAGGUAUCAAGUAAAGAAAGAAUGCGAACGUACGCUAUAUCUGCUUUGUGCACUUCAGAUGACCAGAGUAUGCACAUUGUUGCAAUGUCAGCUCCAUUAUAGGUAUAUGCCUACUGUGUCAUGUUUUUCAUCUGUGAGAGAAGAGGAGUUUAAUGGAUGCUGCACAUGUCAGCCCUGCUGUUUGCAGCUGUUGCUGCUUAAGAUUACAUCCUUAAAGGACUACGUAGAAGAUGAGAAAAAGAAAACUCAUGCUAGAGCAAAAUUAGGGAUACAAUUGAACAAAUCAGGCACAGGUUAAGAAUCAUCAAAUAAUCUCUAUUUGUUCUGAGUGGAAUAAAAAGUGGGGUCCUUA